AUGAAAUAUUCAGCCUCGCAUUCUCUUAACCCCGGGCUGGUAAUGAAUUCCGGCGUCGCUCUCGCAAGGGACGAAGAGUCUAUAGAAUCGUCGCGCACGGUGGCGAACAUCACCCACCACAGCAUCAUGUAUGCGCCCAAGUGUCUUGUGAUCGUCUCCAGGCAGGACUAUAUAGACACGUUUCGGAACUGCCUGGGCAUAAUCUACACAGUGUGGGUGGAGAACCUCGGUGUUCCGUUGGAGACGUUGGUGGGAAACCUGGUCGGAUGCGUACUUGUGCCACCCGCCGGGGGGCCGCAGGUUCGCUUCAGCAUCGGCGCUGGAGACCGCCAGGCGUUGCAGCCGCCUGCCGCACCCCCCAUGCCCGUCACACACACUUCCGUGCACAUGUUACUUAGGCUUUUAGGAUCCUACUUUGAAUCGGCGGGUGGACGCGUGGCAUCGCAGCCCUUUAUUCACCUAGCUAAUACUUGA